UCUCUCCCGAUGUUAAUGCGGUUCAAGUGGAAUCCUGGCAUCUCAAAAUCCUAUAAGACUUCUAUUGAGCGGUUUUUUCCUCGUCCCCAAGUUUUACUCGUUUAUAAUUUUCUGUUUGGUGGCCGAGAAUGAUAAGGGAAGUAAAAGGAAGAAGAAAAGUUUGUUAUUUACUUCCAUAACAACCCUCUGCUUUUGCGUCCUUCCACAAAACUUGGGUGUUUUUGCAGUGGCUUAGCUCACUCCAAUUUGAUUACGUGCUUUAAAGACGUGAUUUUUAUGCGAGCGUGCAAUAGCCCAGCUUGGUAGUGAGGCAAUAAUUUCCUUACGAUUAUUGAGUUGUAUUCACUGGUUGUGUUGCUGAGAAUUAGAAGUCUAUAAUGGGGUUGGAUUUAGAGGCACAGUUAGCUGACCCAAAAGCUAGAAGCCAAGCAUCGCCUCAUAAGAAAGCAAAAAAGGAAGAGUGGGAGAACACUGAAGCGAUUAGGAGCCAAGAAUCACCACAAACAGCAACCCAGAAAUCUAAAAAGAAGAUAAACAGGGAGGAAGAGGAAAACAAUGAUGGGACGGUCCUAAUCCAAAAUGAGCAGCCACUCGCCAGUGAUGAACCUAAUGAGCAACCACCUGUCUGUGUAAAAUUCGAAGUCAUCUAUGACCAUUCUGACAAAACCCCGCCUAUAGUUGGAUAUUUCCCUUCUGGGUAUAAGCCCCAUAAUUAUAAUGGAUAUAACAAUAAUGAAGAAAACCUAUCACCACCACCACAUCCACCAACUGUCAGCUUUUAUAGGAGUGCUCAACGGAUCAAGAUUGAGAAAAGCUUCAGUGAAAAGAAUGAUAAACGGAGUAGUUCAGAAAGGAUGGAACUUGUUGUCAGUCCUGAUGGGUCCAAUGUGAAUUUUGUGGGUAAGAACUAUAAAGGUGAGGCAAUGGCAGCUCAGUUGUGCACUUAUGCACUUGGGGUUCUUGAUAAGAAUACUCAGACUUUGAAGAUAAUGCCCAUUGCUGGAAAUAAGAUAUUCAGAUUGGAACCAAAAGUUCGAGGAUUAGACACUGCUGAUAAGGAGCCUUCAUGUAUGGAAAAUGAGGAAGCUAGUGAAGAAAACAAGGCAGAUAAGAUAAUGGCGCUUAAUGUUAAGUAUGGAUCAAAGAGAUCUAUAGUCCAGUAUAAAAAAGCACAGGCUCUGAAGCAGGGAGAUGAUCCUGAAUCUCAGAAAGAUUUGAGCAAGAAAAUUGAUAAUAUUGUGGUUAACAAGGAGGCUCUUGAAAGUGCAAGCACCCAUAUUGCUCGAAAUAUUCCACCUCAUAACUCUUCUGCCACCACUCCUCAGGAGGCUUAUCCGUUGAACAGAAUUAUUCUUACAGGAGAGAGGGAUUUCCUUGAAGAUGUUUAUGAGAUUUUGCAAGUGGGGACCGAAGCCAGGAGCAAUGCUUACCCAACUUUUGUUCGCAAUAGAAUCCACAAAUUACUGGAAAUUCAGGAUGAAGCGGAGAAGAAAACACUUUCUCGCAUUUUCUCUUAUAUUACUCAUCUUAUAAAGUUUAAAGAUCUCCAUUCUUUGGAUGGUGCAUCCUCAGCAAAGAGCCACAAAAUUCCAAGCAUUCUUCGACAGAAGUUUGUGGAGAUGUUUACUCCAGAAUCAAGAAGACUGCCAGUUGAGAAAAUUGAUCUUCUCAUUAGUUAUAUCCUAGUGCUAACUCUACAUGCCGAUGACUUCCGGACCAAUCCGACAGAUAUUGCCAAAGAUCUGAAAGUUAGUUCUGUGAGCUUAAGAGUGCAUUUUGCGAAUUUGGGUUGCAAGCUUGUACGUGAAAACAAGUUGUCAUUGGCAACUCUUCCUGUUCCUCUCAAGUUCCCAACGCAGAGGCAGAAACAAAGACGCUAGAUGGAAUAAGAGAAUAUGCAAAAAGAUUUUUGUCCGACAGAAAUUAGCCCCAUGCUGUGUGAAGCUGGAGCUCCCAGCGUGUGGGGACAAGUAACCUUAUUUAUCUUUAAAAAUUAUGUUCUAUUAAUAUACAUAUCUUUGAAAGUUAUGUCUUGGUUGUCACUCUAUUCUUGUGUGGAAAAUAUAUAAUUCAAACUUUUGCUUGUUAUAUGCAAUUAUU